AUGUCGAGGUCGAGGCAUGCAAGGGACAUGGAUAAAAACAUGAGAUAUUUUCACAACUUAGCUUCUGCGAGAAGGAGAAAUAAUAGGAUUGAUACUCUAGUUAUUAAUGAAAGAUUGAUAAAGAAUCAAGUUAGGAUUAUUAAGAUUGCCGUCAAGGAGUUUUAUAAGGGCUUAUAUCAUCAAGAGAGGUCUCCUAUCGUGGGUUUCAGAGAUGGUUUGGUGGAAAGGAUUAGCGAGGAGGAUGCUUUUGCUUUAGAGAUGCUACCGUCACCUGAGAAGGUUAGAGAGGCAGUGUGGAAUUGUGAAUCUUUCAAGAAGGCUCCAGAAAGUGACAGUUACAGCAUGAAUUUCAUAAAGAAAUGUUGGAAUGAAAUUGGCUCGGAGUUCACGGCAAUAGUACUGGGCUUUUUCCAAUCUUCUACGUUGCCGCCAGAUGCUAAUGUCACUUGGGUGGCGCUGGCCCCUAAGUUUACAGUAUUGAUAAAUGGUUCGCUGUCUAAGCCGUUUAAGAUGGAAAGGGGUUUGCGACAAGGUGAUCCUCUAUCCCCAUUUUUGUUUGUACUUGUUGUUGAUGUCCUACAUAGGAUGAUUGGAGAGGUUGUUAGAAACGAUCGCAUAUCAUCGUUGUUAGUUGGGAGAGAUCAUAUUGAGUUACCGCAUCUUCAAUUUGUAGAUGAUACUAUUUUAUUCUGUCCUCCAGAGGAAGAGAUAAUCAAGAAUUACAGGAGACUGCUUCAUUGCUUUGAGUUGAUGUCAGGUGUUGCAGGUGGAAAUGGUCUCGGAGGAUAUAUCAAGCUAUAG